AAGCACUUAAUAUGCAAAGUUUGAUUAUACGGAAACAAGCAACACGACUAGCGACACAGCGACUUAAUCGCCGAUGCUACAGCGAGUACAAACCAUGGUCUAACGAAAACUCUGUCUCUGGCACAACAUGUGAUACAAUGGAGCGCAAGGUGGCUUCAGAUAAUACGGUCGAUCCUGCAAAAGAGUUGAAUGAAGCCAGCGAGGAAGCACAGUUUGAUGGCAGGGAAGACGUGCUCAAGUGGAGUGCCGCCAACAAGCUGAUAUCAGACAUUCCUGAUGGUCACGAAGGCCUAUGGACCACCGAAGAUACUGUGACGCAUAAAGCACCGUCAUUCUGCCACUAUCAUCCCGCACGGCCCGCACGGGCUCCCAUACAAGAAGGGUUAUUCAAGCCAUUAAAGCGUCCUGUAUAUAAACGAUAUUCAUAAUUACACACGAUGGUUUAAUUAACCAACCCUUUGUGCUGUAUUGUAAAAUAUGAAGAUUUGGCACGAAUAACAACAAACAAACAAACUAUCAAUCUAAUUUGCAUAUGCGAUAUGCAUAAUACAGAAAAAAUAAUUAAACAGAACAAAAUGUACAAAACUUCAUUAAUUUAUAAAG